AUGGCGGACAGUAUUGAAGAUGCGUCAACCGGUGAUACACAUGGCUCUAGCGUUACCGGACAAACCGGUGGAUCUUCGCCCUUCCCGAGUUUGGGAAACUCCCCGGCUGAUGGACCCCUCGGCACCAAUACGGCCCCGGCUUCUGAGGGUGACCAGACUGCCGUAAGCCAUGAUGGAUCUCCAACUGAUGGUCUCCCGGCUUCUCAGACGGACUUUUGGAGCGUGUUUGUCUUAUCUCCACCGGUCGUGUCGGUGUCACCGAACGUACACACCUCUUCACCCCCUCAAGGUGUUGGACAAGGUGUCGCCGGAGUGGCUGGACCUGGCCCCCUAACACAGGUCUACGCCGCUUCUUGGGAUCCUACCCGUAGUACGGACUGGGAUAACGAAAAGACGUCGCAGCCAGCUAUUUUAAGAAUAAAAAGGGAUAUUAUGUCUAUCUACAAGGAGCCGCCUCCUGGGAUGUUUGUUGUUCCUGAUCCUCAAGACAUGACCAAGAUCCAUGCGCUGAUAACGGGACCAUUUGACACACCUUAUGAGGGUGGUUUCUUCCUCUUCCUGUUUCGAUGCCCACCCGACUACCCUAUCCACCCUCCACGGGUCAAGCUCAUCACCACCGGUCAGAACACUGUCCGGUUCAAUCCCAAUUUUUACCGUAAUGGCAAGGUCUGCCUCAGCAUCCUCGGAACAUGGACAGGGCCAGCAUGGAGUCCAGCGCAGAGCAUCUCCUCUGUCCUUAUUUCCAUCCAGUCACUGAUGACAGAGAAACCUUAUCACAAUGAACCUGGAUUUGAGCAGGAGCGACAUCCAGGGGACAGUAAGAACUAUAACGAGUGCAUACGUCAUGAAACCAUGAGGGUUGCUGUGUGUGACAUGCUGGAGGGCAAAGUCCCCUGUCCUGAAGCUUUGUGGAGUGUGAUGGAGAAGUCUUUCCUAGAAUACUAUGAUUUCUAUGAGGGAGUUUGCAAAGAGAGGCUUCAUCUGCAGGGACAGAACAUGAAGGACCCAUUUGGAGAAAAGCGUGGCCGUUAUGACUAUCAGCGGCUGCAGACUCGGCUCAGCGCCAUCCAUAGACGGAUACGGGAGAAACGUGUGAUGAGCGAGCCCAACGACAACGACUCGGACUCUGAAAGCAGCUCUUCUGAGACGGACCCUGACAGCCAGGGAAGCAUCCAGCCAUGAUACUGUAAAACAGACCAAGAAGAGAGGACUUUUUUUUUUCUUUUCUUUUUUUGCUGCAAGAAACAAAAAAUCCGAAUGUCUCAUGAAACAAUUUCGUAUCCCAUGUUUUCAUUUUUUGUUUUUGUUUUUUUAAAAAAGAAGCAAAGAUGUUGCUCCCCAGAAAAUGACCGCACUACAGCAAGAGAACUCAACACCAUUGAGGAGUCAAACACUGGCAGAUUUACUCUAGCUGUAUAUUCGUGCUACUUUUGGAGCUAAUCAGCUAUUAUUUUGAAAUCGUUUGGACUAGAAGAGGCUCUGCAGAUGUAUAGUACAUUUUGACAUUAAACAUUCCCUUGUGCUUGUCAAAACAAGAAAAAAAACUAAAUGACAAUGACUUAAAAAGAGCAAUCAAAUUGGUCAAUUAAAUAGCAGGUUGUCAAUUGAUGAUGUCCCUCUUACAUCUUAAGUUUGAAGUACUGGUUAAAUGGAGGGCGUUAGGUACUUUAUGGACAUUAAAAGUAAAUAUUGCAUUAUUAUCGUGUUUGUUUUUAACAUGUCCAAUCUUAGUCAAGAAACUCCAAAGUUCCUACCAAGAUGAAGUUCUGUCAUUUUUGUUACACACUGCAAAUAUUGCUGCUAUUCCCGUUUGCAGCUUAUUUAAGAUGAGGACAAUAUCACAAAUGCUAAAUUGUGUACUUCAUGUGGAGCUCGCCCAGCAUUACGUUUGUCCCCACACUCCCAAAUUCCAAACUUCAGUUAAAUGUCUCAUCCAUGUCUUCCAUAGUUUAGUAGCUGUUUUGUAGCUGGCAGCAAAAUUAUUGCUAAAACUUGAGAAAGCAAGGUUUCCCUUUCUAGGUGUCUUUCAGUGUAUCUCAAUGUAUUUUUCAUGCAAUGAUCAGCAUGGGCAACUUUUGUUUUCCUCAUUUGACUGUAACUAACACUUCAAUGAUCAGCAUUUGUAAAGUUUGAAUAUGGAACGACACCAUAGAAAUUGUACCAGUCUUGUCCACCUUCCAUUGGCCACCAGUAUGUUUCUGCCUUUGGUUCAAUAGCCAAGUUAAGGUUAAGUGGGACCUUUUAUCAGUGCAAUGCACUCUAUUCCUUUGGCAGGGAUAAGGUUAGAAAACCUAUGUUUACUUGGGGCAUUUCAAUUAUACAAGGCUUUAUUGCACAACAAAUAUGAAAAGCAAAAACUGAUAUCUGUUGUGAGUUCUCUCUUGCUUAUUAGUGAUUCCUUUCAGGUCAUUGGGGUUUGUUUGUGCUGUUAUAAUGUUCUGUAAAAUUACAGAAUAAAAUAAAUGGUCUUGGAUAUG